GGAGAAACAUGAAGCAUUUUUUCAUUACAAUCCUUCUUUUCUGCAGUGUUGUAAGUGCAGCUAGAAAUGGAAUUGAUAUCAAUUCACCAGUAUCCACUUCUACUUUUACUUGUAUUAAGAAUGCUGGAUUUUCAUUCAUAAUUCCCAGAAUUUAUCAUUCAUCGGGAAGUGUAGAUACUGUUGGAGUGCAAAAUGUCAAGAAUGCCAGAGCUGCUGGCCUCACUGAUGUCGAUGGAUACAUCUUCCCUUGCCUAAAAUCGACUUGCGCAUCUGCUGCUAACCAAGUUAAGGCGUCUCUUGAUGCAGUUAAGGCUGCUGGAACUAAGAUCUCCACUCUAUGGCUUGAUAUUGAACGUCUCAAUUGGCCAGCUGAUCAUGCUAGCAACCGUGCAUUCAUUGAAGCAAUGGUCAGUGAAGCAAAGGCUUAUGGACAACAAGUUGGAAUCUACAGUAACUAUUACAAUUGGCAAGAUAUUGUUGGAUUGGAUUAUCAUGGACAAUCUAGUUUGAUGCUUUGGUGGCCUGCAUACGAUGGAGUCAAGGAUUUCUCAAAGUACGCUCCAUUCGGAGGAUGGUCGAAGCCAACAAUUCAUCAGUGGUCUGACACCACUACUGGUCCGUGUGGAGUCUCUGUUGAUAUGAACUACAUUCCAUAAAUAAUUUUUUAGCGCUUUAAUAAUAAAGUGUAUAUUUCAGUAAA